AAAACCAAGAACUGGUGUGUAAUUUGAAUUGCUCUGACAUCGCUCACUUUAAGUUAUUCUGCUUCUUUCUGCGUAUUAUAAGAUGACUCAAGGAGCUACAUCAAUUACGAGUGAAUUCUAUUAUCCUGGAAAUAUAUGUGCAACAACACCAAAGAAAUGCAAACAGAAAUAUUCUUGUGAUUUAAAUUGUCUUUCAUGAUUUUGACUUUCGUCCAGCAGCUCAUUGGAAUUAUAUAAGCAAACGAGGCUUAUUCAUUUGUCAGAAUUGUUAUAUUUUGCAUUAAUUCGCACCGGAAAUAUAUAAGCAAGCAUGCACUCUGUACUGCAGGAGAAGGCAAUACUAAACGAAGGCUCAGAAGAUGAAUUGGAGUGCUAUGGAUACAAGCGGAGCAUCCCAAAGACCGUCCUGUCCUGUAUAGUUGGCAUCUUGACGUGUGGUCUUCUCUUAUUAUUCUUCCGAUGGAAACCAAACUGGAAGAUCAACUGCCUCUACAACAGGUGUAAUCUCAACGAUGCACAAUGCAUACUCAUCAAGGACUUUUACAAGAGAUGGCACAUAACGUAUGUGAAGACGGAGAAGGUAGAAAUACCCAGCAAGAAGAACAUCCAUGCAGAAUUCACAAGUGGCAUGAAACGAGUCCCAGGUCAGAUGAAGCCGACCAUCGACACAAUACGUUACUUCGUGUUUCAAAAGAUGAAAUACCUCUGGGACUUUAACAGGAAUACUUUUCACAAGCUCAGAGGCUUGGAUUAUAAUGUCCCAUCGUCUGAUUUCUACACCAAAUACACGGGACUAGGUGCGAAGGAGCAGUCGAGAACACGGGACAUGUAUGGUUGGAACGAGAUUCAUAUCGGUCUCAGACCCAUUCCAGUCCUGUUCUUUCAAGAGGCUCUUAAUCCGUUCUACGUGUUCCAAAUCUACAGUGUGUGUUUAUGGAUCUUUGGAUAUGGUUACACCUACUUCUCUGUGGCCAUUAUCAUGAUGUCUUUAAUCUCCAUCACCCUCACCGUAUAUAGCACAAGAAAGCAAAGCGUAUCACUGCGUAAUCUGGUAGCUUCUAGUACGAACGUAGUGGUAUCUCGGGGAGGUGAUGUAUGCCGUGAGAUGGAUGAGAAGGACCUUGUUCCCGGUGACCUCAUAGAGCUGCCUCGCCAGGGAUGUUUCAUGAGCUGUGAUGCCGUCCUCAUCAGCGGAAAUUGCAUCGUCAAUGAGAGCAUGUUGACCGGUGAGUCUACACCUAUAACGAAGACGCCUCUACCUAAUCGAACACCCGACGGCGAUGACGCCCCUGAAUUCUACAGCUCUGAGACACACAAGAGACACACAUUGUUCUGCGGUACACACAUCAUGCAGAGUAGGCGGAUCGGCAAAAAGAAGGUCAUGGCUGUAGUGGUCAAUACAGGGUUCUCGACUGCGAAAGGGGCCCUGGUCCAUUCGAUCCUCUUCCCGAAGCCGAUGAACCUCAAGCUUCAUCGAGACGCCAUCCGCUUCGUAGCCGUACUCGCCUGCUUCGCUUUCGUUGGUGCCAUCUACAUCAUCACCAUCAAGGUCAUCAACAAGGCGGACACAACGGAUAUCGUCCUGAAGGCCCUUGAUAUCUUUACGAUCGCCGUCUCACCGGCCCUUCCAGCCGCCCUCACCAUCGGGCUGGUUUACGCUCAGAAACGGCUCAAAGACCUGGGUAUCUUCUGUAUUAGCCCGCAGAGAAUCAACCUUGGGGGCAUGAUGGAUGUCGUGUGCUUUGACAAGACGGGUACUCUCACAGCGGACCAUCUGGAGCUGUUAGCUGUUUCACCGGUCAAAACAGACAGUUUUGUAAUUGUGGAAGAUGCGAGCAAGAUCCCGUUUGGACCGUUUGUUGCUGGAAUGGCUUCCUGCCACUCUUUGACUGUCAUUGAUGACCAAAUAAGAGGUGAUCCGCUCGAUGUCCAGAUGUUCCAGUCCAUCAAAUGGAGCAUCCGUGAGCCUAUUGACGGCGAGCCAGCGUUUGGUUUCAGCUAUUUCAUGCCGACCAUCGUCCGAUCUCCGUCCUUUGGUUCCGAAACACCAAUUGAGGAAAUGAGUCAGCCAGAAUCUGGAUCCAAUUCACCGACCCAGGAGGAGAACCUGUUCGAGAUCGGCAUCAUUCGUCAGUUCCCCUUCUCGUCCAACCUUCAGAGAAUGAGUGUGAUUACACAAACAAAGGACACCAAGCACAUGGAGGUGUACGUCAAAGGUGCCCCCGAGAAAAUUGCAUCGCUAUGCGACCAGAGUACUGUUCCCAUGGAGUUUCAUGAGAUCUUAAAAGAGCACACACAGAACGGGCUCCGUGUGUUAGCCAUGGCUUGGAAGCCUCUACACACCUCAUUCUCUUAUGAACAUGUUGAGAAAAUUGACAGAGAAGAGGUCGAAAUUGAUCUUCAAAUGCUAGGACUCCUGAUCUUGCAGAACACCAUCAAACCAGAGACUAGUCCAGUGAUUGCUCAGCUCAGAGACGCUAGGAUCAGAACUGUUAUGGUAACAGGUGACAACAAGCUUACAGCUAUCCACGUGGCACGUGCUUGUGGGAUGAUUGGCCAAUCACAACAAGUUGUGGAAGUAGUAGCCACGCCCCCUGAAGGAGAUCAAGGGCCCCUAAUUUCGUGGAAACCAGUGCAGAAGCCUAGUGAUACCAGUAGAACGUCCACACCCAUGCAUCAUAAGAUGAACGGACAGGUUGAGGAAGACGAUGUCGCGCUGACGAUAGAGGAAGGAGAAGAGAUCAGUAACGAGGUCCUGAGCAGCAACUAUCAUCUGGCGCUCGACGGGAAGACCUUCGCCGUACUCAUGGAACAUGUGCCUCACCUGGUUCCAAAGAUUGCUGCUAAAGGAACAGUAUUUGCGAGGAUGUCCCCUGAUCAGAAGGCCCAACUGGUAGAGCAGUUACAGGAUUUGGAGUACUACGUGGGUAUGUGUGGAGACGGUGCCAAUGAUUGUGGAGCACUGAAGACCGCUCACGCUGGUGUGUCCUUGUCCGAGGCUGAGGCUUCUGUUGCCUCCCCUUUCACCUCCUCCGAACAGAACAUCAAAUGCAUUACGACUCUCAUCAAGGAGGGACGAGCAGCUUUGGUGACAUCAUUCGGUGUGUUCAAGUACAUGGCUCUUUAUAGCAUGAUCCAAUUCGCUACUAUCAUCAUACUCAAUUCGAUUGAGUUAUUUCCAAGCGACGCCAUGUUUAUGUACUGGGAUAUCGGUAUUACUGCAGUCGUUGCUAUCUUGAUUGCCAGAAACAGAGCCUAUACCAAGAUUUCAACCAAGAAACCGCUAAACAGUCUGACCGAUCCAGACAUUUUGAAUUUGUGUCCAAAAUAAUCUGGGGGUUGGUUUUUUUUCCCCCCGUCAUAAACUUUGAAUUAUAUAUUUACUCAUACCUUCUCUUUUCGUGUCCACGUAGUUGCCAGAAACAGAGCCUAUACCAAGAUUUCAACCAAGAAACCGCUAAACAGUCUGACCGAUCCAGCCAUGCUCUUCUCCGUCUUCAUACACAUCUUCCUCCAGUUCAUGGUUCAAAUCAUCGCCUACUUCGUCCUUAAACAACAACCAUGGUUUGAGCCGUAUGUGAAGUCUGAUGACGCUGGUAUUGUGUAUACUCUCUCCUACGAAGCAACCACGUUAUUCUUCGUUUCAAACUUUCAAUACAUCGUCGUAGCUUUCAUCUUCUCCAAGGGACCCCCUUACAGGAAGCCAAUAUACACCAACUAUCUGUACUCUGCGAGUUUGGUGAUACUAUGUGGAUUCUCUCUCUUCCUCGUCCUUUGCCCGAUCACUAAAAUGGAUAAUUACUUCCUGCUAAAACGAUUCGACUGGCUGUUUAGCUGUAUCAUAAUUGCUUUGGUAUUGGCCCAUUUCUUAGCAGCUGUGCUCAUUGAGAAUUUCCUGGCUGAUACCCGCUUCGUCCAGAACCAUGCCACGUGCCGUCAAUGGCGCAAAGGAAAGAAGGUGGUAAAACACGAGAUCCUGAUUCAGCAGUUGAACUCUGACCCAACAUGGCCGCCACUCAACACCACGACCAGCCCAAACAGAAUUAACGGACAUUCUGCCAAAGAAACGGAUGUCUGAAAGCUUAUUACAAUACUUAAAUGUCUUAAUUCGUCCUAUUGUUUCGAUUUGACUUAGCUAUAUCGUGCACAGGGCCGACAAAAACGGAAAUAUGUAGACACACGGGUCGAUCUGUUUCCCCUUAAUUGGAAAAUAAGGGGGGAAAUAGCGGUGGAGACUAUUGCAUUCAGGAAAAAUACGUUGUUGACGGGAGCUAUUUAGCAAAGUCAAGUGGUAGAGUUCAUUUUGAUCGGGCUCCGUAAAGUGAUUCCGCGGCUUCACAGUAGUUGGACUGCCCAUGUGGUUCGGGUUUGAAUGGUGGGAGUUUAAAGUUGUGGAUAGUGGGAGUAUAAAGGGGCAUGGUUGUCAUUUUAUACCCCCCUCCCUAGUUAGCUGCUAAACAAUAGUGUAUGUAAUUGUUCUGUGGGUUGAAAACUCAUAAUUUGUAUAUAAAUGUUAAAUAUUUUAUUGCUAAUUUUCUUUGGUGCAAAGACAAAAACCAACUGAACUCAUUUGGGUUAGGCGAGCUUUGACUUCCUAGCAAAUAACUCGUUUUUAGUUCUUGGUUGGGAAGAGUGUAAAGAUUGUGUCACAUUCAUUUGCUAAACUUCGCUAAAAUAAAAAUAAGAACAACUAAAGGUGGUGGAUACAUUUACGUGCCAGUCAUGAUUAUGAAAGCCGUACAAAAAUCGACUUACAACAAUGAUAAUGUAGAUCAGCAUGGUCAUAUUGUCUAUAACAUUUGCUGAAUCUUUAUUAUAUGAGUAGAAAUAGAAACAGUUUAAAAUGCCGAAUUCGUGGUUAAUGUGCAUUUGCGAAAUCGAAAAACAGAUAAAAAAAUUAUAAUGAUCCAAACCUUUUAAAAUUGGGUUUUAUUAUGUCGUAAUCGUGUUAUUUUAAUUGAUUUUGAAAAUGGAACAUCUAGAGCAAUAAUCGUGUGAUACUUCACCGUUAGUAUCCUCAACGCGUAUUAAUGCAAUACUGACUUUAUAUAUAAACAUUACUUUAGAAAUGUGUAUUUCAGUGUUUUCCUUUUUAAUGGGUUGACCCCUUUUUUAGAGGUGAAUAGAGUACCGAAGUGCUAAAGUCAUAAUCGCUCGUCGCCCAGGUUACUGAUUCUAAACAACAGAGCAUGCGCAUGAGGUUUACCGCCAAAUUAUCCAACCAAUGGGAUGGGGCAGGGCAAAUUGAGCGUUUGGCGCUGGUGUGAUCAUCACGCGAACAAAUUGUUUGGAACCAGCAACCUUGCCAUCUUGGCCAGUAUGGCAUCACACUUUCUGUAUAUAUUCUUUAUACAUUCUAUAGAAUACUUCGUACAAUAUGAAGUAGUAAGACGAGAACAGCCUCUAUCAUUUUCAUUCGUAACUGUAAUAGAAGUUCUAUUCAAUUCAAAUGAGUACAAUAGUCCAUCGCUCUUAUCAUCUCCAUCAUACAUGUAUAUACAGAAAUGACUAGCUUUCUCAUAAUCAUGACAAUGAAAAGUCAUUUCUCCCUCUGGUUGUACAUUUUCUUUUUCUUCUUCGUAUUAUAUCAUGUUCUCUUUUUAUACAAAUCCAUCUAUGUUUAUAUACAUUCUUUUAUCAACUCUUUUAUCGUUUGAUGUCGGCUUUGUACAUUUAUAGAUGGUAGGUUAUACUGUAGAGGGGGAAAGGGUUUUGUAGACGUUGCACAGUACUAUAUAAGCUUGGAACGAACUCGGUAAAUCGUAGUACGCAUUUAUAGCAAUCUGCUACGUGACCGCAAUGUACGUGAUUUAAUAUCCAAUUUGUAUUUUCCAGGCCUCAAGCUGGAUGUAAAAUAAGAGGAUAUACAAUAAUGGUUAAACCAGCAGUCUUUAAUACUUAAAUAACUAUUAACUUCCUCAUUCUUCCGACAGUCCCUCCCAAACUCUUUGGUCUGUCAAAAGCUACAGUACACGUCUUAGGGAAUGUGUAUCGACUUCGAAACCGAAAUUGUCAGAUAGAUAUUCAUUUCAGAAGCGUCAUAGAACUCGUUUCUAAUAAUCCAUGCCAAGUUAUCGCGAGAGCUCAGAGCUACACUAGCACUUGCUUGUAGGGUAUGAAACAUUAUUCGGGGUUUCCCUCUAACAUUUGUAUAUAUUGACAAAUGACGAUACUUAUUUACUUAUAAAUCAGGGUCUAUAUGUUUAUAUAUAUAUAUAUAUAUAUAUAUAUAUAUAUAUAUCGAUACGACUGUUUGUUCACCUGAACUAAAUUUGAGCAUGUUUAUUUAAAAAGAGAGUUUUGACAUGGAUUUUAGUUAAGCGUGUUUGUUCUAAGAGGAAUCCACUUUAGAAUGCGCAUGGGCAGAAAGAGAUCACUUGUA